AUGGAUCCCGCAGCGAUGGCGAGCCUUACGAUCUACAACUUCCCGCCUAUGCCGCCGAACUUCGACAGCAUAGGCAUCUUCUACAUGACAUUCUGUGUAACAUGGACGGUGCUCGUCAUCGCUGGUAUGAUCUUCUGCUGGGUCAACCGCGAUAGCCCCGUCCUCAAGAUCCGUGGCUUGCCGCUGUCCUUCGCCGCUAUCUUCUGUCUUCACUUGUACUGGAUUCUCGCUCAGAUCACCUAUCCUAUUGGUGGAACUAUGCCGGCUGUUCUGGCCUACGAUGUCCAGUAUUUCGUCAUGGGAACCUGGUUCCCUCUUGGUAUCGCCUUAUUCCAUGCCUCCAACGCGCGUUUCCUGCACGUUGCUAAGCUGCAGAAGUUGCAUUUUGCGAAUAAGGGAGAAGGAAUCAAGCGAGGAAAGCUCGGCUGCGAUGGUGCGAGGACAUCUUGGCUUUGCCGCUUGAGGAACAUGGACUAUACGACUAAGAUUAUGAUCCCUAUCGGGCUGGGUUUGGUUAUUCAGGCAUGCUUGACCAUUGGCAUGUGGCUCGCUUGCAAGAAGUAUCACCCGACGUUCGGCAUUCCUGGUACAGAAAUCCGCGGCUCCAACGUCAUGGAGCAGUUGGUAGACCUGGGUCGAGGAUGGGAGUGGUGGCCGACGGUAGCUUGGCAGUUUCUCUGGUCGUGGAUUAUCGCCCCCACGAUGCUUUGGAAGGCUUGGGGCAUCCGCGACACAAUGGGAUGGCGCACACAAACCAUUGGCUGCUGCCUCGCCAGUCUCCACGCUACACCGAUGUUUCUCAUCGCUUCGUAUGUCCCGGCGUUUGCGAAGGUCAACCAAUACUUUACUCCAAGCCAGUGGUUACAUCUCUCGUCCAUGGUUUUCGAGAUCUUUGCCGUCUUUUUACCGGCAUUCCAGGUCAUCCGACUGCGAAUCCUGAACAAGAAAGCAAGAGAUGCGAACGCCAAGUGGGAUACGUCGUCUCAAUCCAGUACUUUGAGGCCUACGUCCAACCUUAUGGGCACUUGCGUGAACUGCAGGCGCGAAGCCUCAGCCAGUCAGUUGGAGAAGGGCCUUGCGAAUGUAUACGAAUCUGACAACGUCGAAAUUGGCCCGGAGCCGGAUAGCCGUCUACUCACGAUGAGCGCUCUUGACCACGCUCUCCGCGAGAACACCGGUUCUCUGCAGGAGUUCUCGGCUCUCUGCGAUUUCUCUGGAGAGAACAUUGCCUUCCUCACCCGCCUUGACGCAUGGAAGACUUCGACUUGGCCCCAAUUUGCUCAAAACUCGAAGGCUCAUUCACUUAGUGGCGAAGAGAUGCUAGAAGCCUUCAACAGCGCCCUCGACAUCUACGCAGACUUUAUCUCAAUCAACCUCGCUGAGUUUCCUCUCAACCUUCCUUCAAACGAGCUCAAGCAUCUUGAGGCUGUUUUCGAGAAGCCCGCUCGCAUUCUCUUCGGCGAAGACUCUUCACUGAACCACAUCACCCCCUUCGAUGAUGCCUAUCACUCUCGCAAUGGUCAGACUUCAGGCAGUGGACAGGACAUCCGAGGCCAGAUCCGCUACACCGGCGAGAUUCCCUCCGCCUUCAAUCCCAAUGUGUUUGAUAGCGCUCAGGGGCACAUCAAGUAUCUCGUUUUGACUAACACCUGGGCCAAGUUUGUUAAAGAGAUGCACCAGAGGAGACGGUCAAGCGAAGCAAGCAGGAGCGUCAUAUCGACAGAAUCAGAGACAUCGCUUUUGAGCAGGGUCUCAACCAAGGUUACAGAUAUGAUGCGUGGGAAGAGUCGCUCGGGUUCUUCUUGA